AUGGAUGUUAAUUCAUUAUUGGUUAUUGUUGCUAUCUUAGCAGCUGCAUACUAUGUAAAGAACUACGUAUUUGCUCCAGCACCAGCACCUGUUAAGAAGGUUGUCAAACAAAAUUCCUACGAAGCAAAGAGAGCAAACCCAAAGUUCUAUACCGCUGAAGAAGUUUCAGUACACAACAAAGAGACUGAUCUAUGGUUAAUUAUCGACGGAAAGGUAUAUGAUGUUACACCAUACGUAGAUAAACAUAUGGGUGGAAUGGCAAUCAUGAACAACGCCGGUAAAGAUUCUUCAAAGGGAUUCCAUGGUGAUCAACAUCCAGUCAAAGUUCAACAGAUCUUGGAUGAAUUCUAUAUCGGUGAAUUAAAGCAAUAA